AUGGAGGCAACGAAGGACGCUUGGCGCUCGCUCACGGACAAAUGGUCGGCCACGAGUGGUGGCGCGAAGCACGACCAGCUGCUGGAUUUCGACAUGCCCUCAACAGCCUCUUCUUCGCUCCCCAGCGCUUCGUCUUCAUCAUCUUCGCAUCACCAGUCGUCCCUUUCGUCCUUCAGCUCGCCGUCGUCGCCAUUGUCUUCGUCUUCGUCCUCCCUCUUCUCCACCAUCUCCCAGACCCUGAAGAAGUCAACGACGGCAGUUAAGAUGGCGGCAGCAACCGCUACGUCGGCUGUCGUCUCGCCCUACGAGCGAGCCUCGAUCGUCGAGGGCGACGUCACCAAGGCCGGCCACGUCAUCAGCGUCAUGGGCUGGCAGGCCGUGUGGCCCGGCAUCAACCUGCUCGAACUCACCACAACCGGCCUUCGUCUUCUCUCGGAGGAGAAGCGGGUCAAGUCAGACAUGCGGAUCGCGGCGGUGGAGGCGGUGGGCGUGGACGAACGCAACCCGCUCCAGUUCUUCGUGCGGGGCAAAGCGCCCGCAGUCACGUGGUCGCUCGAAUGCCGCUCCGCCUCAGAUGCCGCCGCCUGGGUUGCCGCCAUCCAAGAAGCGAUAGAGGCUAAUCAUUAUGGCGUCGGACUGGGCGGCGAUGACGACCCGUUCGGCUCAUCGCAGUCGCGUCGCUCGCGAGCAGCGACGGCUCCUCCUGCGCCUCUCUUCCGCACCACCGCGGCCUCACCGCAUGACCUGAGCCUCCACCACCACCACCACAACGGCACCACCUCGCAGGCCACCCCGUCGCUCUUUUCCAUCGACGAACCGCUCGCCAGUGGCGUCGGCGACGCUGAGCUCGGGCCGCUCGGGGUCGUGCCCCUGAGCCAGCCGCCCGCCGCAAUCGACAGCGCCGCCAGCGAUGGAGGCCUUCUGCUGGGCCUGGGCGGCGGCGGCAGCGGGAAGGAGCCUCAUCGGCACAAUGGCGGCGUGGCAGAGACUGGGCUAAUCAAGAUCGCGCUGCCAUCGAGGGCCAGGAGGCCGCGAGCCAACACCUACGCGGCGCCGCACACUGCGUUAACCUCGCCACCGCGCCUUCGCUCGCCGUCGAUCUCUCGGGCUCCGCUGGCGUCGCCCGGGGCGUCGUCGCCGACUGCAGCAGCUGCGGAAGCUGCGUGGGAUCCGUUCGGGGACGCCUUCGCCAGAAAGCUGCCCACAUCUCCAGCGCCACCAUCAUCUUCACCAUCACCGUCGUCGUCGUCGUCAUCGGGCCAGACCCUGCCCGUCGUGCCUUCCCCCGCCAGCCCGACGCCAGCCCAGGAGACCUUCAACUUUCUCGACUGA